GUGAGUGUCACGUGACCCACACAUACAACCUUCUCCCUCCACCGCUUGACUGAAAUUUCAAUUGCCACCCCAGCGUCAUCUCGGCUUCGCACUCAACACCCCAAGCAUUGACCAUGAGCGACCCCAAGAACGAGGCCGCCGAGGCCGAGGUGCCCAAAAACAAGCGUUUCCGCAAGGACAAGCCAUGGGACACGGACGACAUUGACCACUGGAAGAUUGACCCGAUGCCGGCGCCAGGCAAGGGCGCGCACCAGCCGUUCCUCGAGGAGAGCAGCUUUGCCCUCCUUUUCCCCAAGUACCGCGAAGCGUACUUGCGCUCGGUGUGGGGUGGGAUCACGUCUGCGCUGGACGGCGUUGGCCUCGCGUGCGAGCUCGACCUCGUGCAAGGCCGGAUGACGGUGCGCACGACGCGCAAGACAUGGGACCCGUACAUUGUGCUCAAGGGCCGGGACCUGCUCAAGCUGCUCUCGCGCGGCGUGUCGGCGCCGCAAGCGCUCAAGGUGCUGCAGGACGGGGUGGCGUGCGACGUGAUCAAGAUCAGCGGGAUUGUGCGCAACAAAGAACGCUUCGUCAAGCGGCGGCAGCGCAUCGUCGGGCCGAACGGGAGCACGCUCAAGGCCAUCGAGCUGCUCACGGACUGCUAUGUCCUCGUGCAGGGAAACACGGUCAGCGCGAUGGGGAGCUGGAAGGGGCUCAAGGAGGUGCGCCGCAUCGUGCUCGACUGCAUGAACAACAUCCACCCGAUCUACCGCAUCAAGGAGCUCAUGAUCCGCCGCGAGCUGGCCAAGGACCCCAAGCUCGCCGGCGAGAGCUGGGACCGGUUCCUGCCUAAGUUCCAGAAGAAGCACCUCAAAACGUCGGAGAAGACGGCACGCAAGAACGCCGCACUCGAGGGCAAAGAGAAGGACAAGGAGCCCAAGAAGAAGGUGUACACCCCCUUCCCGCCCGCACAGACGCUGCGCAAGGAGGACAUCGCCAUGCAGACCGGCGAGUAUUUCCUCAAGGCGUCGGACAAGAAGGCGGCCGAGGACGCGGACCGCGCCGAGCGCCACGCCGCGGCCGACGAGAAGCGCCGCGCCAAGCGCGAGGAGAUGUUCAUCGCGCCUGCCGAGACGGCGGCGCCGACGCUCGACGAGCGCCGCAAGAAGCGCAAGCGCGAGCGCGAGGCCAAGGAGUAGUGCACAUAGACGAACAGCAGCCGGCGGCCGGCGGUCGCUCCGCUGCCCGGCCC